AAACUCAUGCAUAACAUACAGUGUAAAAUACCAAUACGCUAAACUCAAAAAACCCCUUCAUUUUCAUAAGCCAAAGCCCACAGGGCACUAGAAUGUUGUGAACUACUUUGUUUCAACAAAAGACAUGGAAACCAAGCACUGAUUAUGCGAAUUUCAUAGUUUUGGACCAAAUUAGGAAUACCCAUAAAGGAAAAAAAUGAUCUUGCUGACUCAACAAGCAUACCCACUUUUCAUCUCUUCUUCUACCUACAAGUCCAACCCUCCAUUGUAUCACCAUGUUCAACUUCAUGUUGGUUUUGGUGUGCUUAACCCAUUUUCCCAAAUGUCCAUUUAUGAAGGAAGGUCUUGGAGGAGGGGGAGGAAGUGGAGUAGGUGUUUCUCUUUUUCAUCUGCAACACCACAGGCUCCAUUGCCACCUGACCCAGAUAAGGAAAAUGGGCAAGUUGAGGAAGAGAGUGAUGGUGUAAUUGCUGCACAGGGUAAGAGUCCUGAUCUGCAGAUGCUGUUUAGAAGGUUCUGGAAGGUGGCAGCUCCUUAUUGGACUUCAGAUGACAAGGUGCAAGCAAGGUUGCAGUUUGCUGGUGUUUUUGCUCUCACUUUGGCUACCACUGGAAUCAGUGUUGGUUUCAGUUUCUUGGGGAGAGACUUUUUCAAUGCACUCGCAAACAAGGAUCAAGAGCAAUUCACAAAGCAACUACUUUACUACCUGUGUGGCUUUGCUGGAGGAAUCCCGUUUUUUGUAUUGAGAGAUUAUGCAAGAGAAACUCUUUCUUUGAGAUGGAGGUCUUGGAUGACAAGCUAUUACAUGGAUCGUUAUCUGAAGAAUCAGACUUUCUAUAAAAUUCAGUCACAGUCAAUCAUUGAUAAUCCAGACCAGCGAAUUGUUGAUGAUCUAAGUUCUUUCACUGGGACAUCCCUUGCUUUCUCCCUGACACUCUUUAAUUCUGCUGUAGACUUAAUCUCGUUCAGUAACAUUUUAUAUGGAAUCUAUCCUCCGCUCUUUGUUGUUCUUCUCGUAUACUCGAUUGGUGGGACAGCUAUCAGUGUUUUCCUUGGAAGGGGACUGGUGUCUUUAAAUUUCUUGCAAGAGAAAAAGGAAGCAGACUUUCGUUAUGGACUUGUACGUGUCAGAGAAAAUGCUGAAUCAAUUGCUUUCUAUAGUGGUGAAGAAAGUGAAAUGCAACUUCUUCUGCAGCGCUUCAGAAGUGCUUUUGAAAAUCUGACACAAUUGUUGAUUGCUUCUAGAAAUCUAGAGUUCUUCACCAAUGGCUACCGCUAUGUCAUUCAAGUUCUUCCUGCUGCUGUUGUUGCUCCCAUGUAUUUCUCAGGAAAAAUUGAGUUUGGUGUCAUCAAUCAGUCUGUAUCUGCUUUUAAUCAUAUCCUCAGUGACUUUUCCCUCAUUGUGUACCAGUUUCAAGCCAUAAGUGCUUUUUCUGCUGUUAUUAAUCGCUUAGGUGAAUUUGAUGAUGUAUUGGACAGAAGCAGCUCUAGAUCUCUCUCUGAUACUUUGGAAGGCAUACAUAUUACAUACAAAGAUUUUAGGACUUCAUCUGCUUUGGAAUCUAAUGGAUCCACUCCACCAGAAAAAUAUGCAACAUUACUAGAGAUAGAAAAUUUGAUUCUGAAGACACCAAGUGAAUCUACACUUAUUAGAGACCUGUCGUUGACAAUCAAGGAAAAGGAUAAUUUACUGGUAAUGGGGCCAAGUGGAAGUGGCAAGACUUCUUUGUUAAGAGCUUUGGCUGGUUUAUGGAGAACCGGAACUGGAAAGAUCAUAUACUAUAUAAAAGGUGAUGAACAUGGAAAAUAUCUAAGUAGAAAAUCCAGGAUUUUUUUCCUUCCUCAAAGGCCAUAUAUGGUUUUGGGUACUCUCCGUCAACAAUUACUUUAUCCAACUUGGGCUGAUGAUGUGGUUCCCAUGUCAGAUAGUACUGAACAAAAAAAUGUGCUUCCUUUCUUGACAAAUAUGUCCGACUCAGAUAAUAUGAAUGAUAAACCAACGAAGCCAACAACGGAUGAGCUAAUAAAGGUCUUAGAGGAUGUCCGUCUUGGAUAUUUAUUGGCUCGUUUCAGUUUGGAUUCAACACAUGAAUGGUCUAGUGUUCUUUCUCUGGGAGAGCAGCAACGCCUUGCAUUUGCUCGUCUUUUGCUUUCAAAGCCUCAAUUAGCUUUACUGGAUGAAUCUACAAGUGCACUUGAUGAAGCCAAUGAGGUUCAUUUGUACCGAAAGAUUGAAGCUGCAGGCAUCACUUACAUCAGCAUUGGGCAUCGGUCAACCUUAUAUGACUACCACAACAAGAUCUUACGCAUAUCCACAUUUGAUUCUAACAAUGAACAGCUAAAUUGGUGCCUUGAACCCACUGGAUCUGAAUCCUCUUUAAAUUUUACAAAGCUAUGAUUGUUGGGGGCUUCAGAAUUGAUUGCAAUGCUUUGAUGCUUACCAUCUUUAAGGGACAUGCCUGGUUCAAUUUUAUUGUACAAUAAUUUUGAUGUAUAUGGAUGUCAAUCUGUAGAUUUUCCCCUGCAACUAGCUGCUAUAACAUUCAAAUUUUAUGCACUGGUUGAUAGAAUCACUACUAGGAGAAUGUUGCUUUAAGUUUAGGAGGAUUGCUGUUUUCAUUUCAUAAAAUUUUGAAUGUAUCUUAAGAGUGAUUCUUGUGUUAAUUUAGUGUACCUAGUUCAGUCAAGAUAUGCUAAAGGCGUCUGGAAGAACUCAUGAAGAACUUGCUAAUAAUUUAUAACUUAUUUUCCCUUUAUUUCAGUAAGCUUUGUUAUAUCAAAAUAAGUUGUUUUCAACUUAUUCUCAAAAUUUAGUCAAAUUUAUGAUAUAAGCUUUCGUAU